UAGUCAACUAAGUGAAAAGAAGACAGAAGCAUACUGUAAAUCGAGGAUAGAAAGUAGAUGGAAGAACUAGAGAGCAGCGAGCUCGUAUAUCUUGUCGAUCACCGAAGAAACGCCGCCAUGGCAGUCGUGCCUUCUUCGGCACUAGUGGGAUCUUUAGUCUCUCAUACCAGAGAUAAGGGACCUGCUGACUAUGUUCAAUCAACUGGGUUGUUCUGUCGAUACUGCAAGAAGGACAAUCAUGUCAAGGAGGAUUGCUGGAAACUUAAGAAAAAGAAUGGCGUCUUGGGCAGUAGUUCAAACUCAGGGAACAAUCCAGUACGAGUAAGAGGCUUUGCUGGGUUGAUGUUAAUUCACCAUAGAUGACUUCUCCAGGAGGAGCAAGCAAUUAUAGACCCACUAGUCUAGAUUAUCCACAAGAUUCAAGCUCCCCAACUUUCUCUAGUUUCACCUUUGAUGAGCUUACAAGGCUUAAAGCAUUGCUCCAGUCACCACCUGCUCACAACACAAGUCAAGCUAAUUCAGUCCUGACUAGGAACAACUCUCCAAUGGCCGGUACAAUAGCAUUCUCUACUUUAAAAACUUCUAGUGAUGAGGUGUUUUGGGUACUAGACACAGGAGCUAGUGACCAUAUCAUUUGUUCUAUCAAGCUGUUUCUUAGAUGUAAGCAAAUAGACAAAAUGACAGUAACUCUUCCUAAUGGGCAUCAUUCUCGAGCCACACUUAUAAGAAUAGUUAAGCUUCCCUGUGGUAUUCUUUUAACCAAUGUGCUUCUAGUACCAUUCUUUUCUGAUAACCUAAUGUCAGUCAGCCAACUCAUCAAAAAUAGUCCAAUCUCACUUUUGUUUCAAUCCACCUUUUGUCAUAUACAUGACCUCAUAUCUCAAUAGAGGAUUGGUUUAAUCCCAGUAAGUAGAGGCCUGUAUCUUCCUAGAGAGAGUUGCAGCCCCCAAGUUUUUGGAGUAAACACCAGUAGCUGUUCAAGUUCCAGUUUAUGGCAUCAAAGACUAGGACAUCUUUCUUUUUCUAGAUUGCAAGAUGUGAACAAAAGUUGUAAUGAGUUUAGCUCACAUAUGAGUUUUGAUUGUGAGAUAUGUCAUUUGGCCAAACAGAAAUGCCUCCCAUUUCCUAGAAGCACAUCUAGGUCUAGUUCUGUUUUUUACAUGAUACAUGCUGACCUAUGGGGUCCUGUGGAUACUGUUUCUCAUGAUGGUUUUUAGUACUUCUUAACUAUUGUGGAUGACCACGGUCGAUGCAUUUGGCUUUAUUUACUGAGUUCCAAAUCUCAAACACGUUCUUCUUUACAAUCAUUCUGUGCAAUGGUUAAAACUCAGUUUGAAAAACAAGUAAAGGUUAUUAGAACAUACCAGGGGCAUGAGUUUAACAUGAAUGAGUUUUACCAGAGGGAAGGAAUAGUACAUGAGAUGAGUUGUGUCUACCCAGCUCAGCAAAAUGGAAGAGUUAAGAGGAAGCACCAGCAUUUGUCAAAUGUUGCUAGGUCUUUGAAGUUCCAAUCAGGCUUAUGAUCACCCGUAACUAACACAGGAAAAAUAGGCAAGGGUACCUAUCAUUCUACGGUAGUAUAGCAGGAAGCAAGGUCGUAUCCACAGAGACUUCGUGUACUAGUACUCGGCUUUUACCUAUUAUCUCGUCAAUCGUUUUUAGUUGAUUUUCGUUUAGAAAUAAAAACACACGCAAUAAUAAAAAUAGAAUAAAGUAGUUUUCAAAGUAAAAUCAAGUGGAGAAGGAGUUGUCCCGGAAGUGAAUCCCCCUAAUAUGCAUUUUACAGACAAGUUGAAUUUAACAUAGACGAGUGUUAAUAUCUUAGACCAUGAAAAUUCCCAAUUUAGUGUUAACCCGUUUGCACAUGUAUUAACACCCUUUCGACUUAAGAAUCAAGUGAAACCGUGGCUUACAAAAAUCUUAAACCAAAGCAAUAACCAGAUUUAUGAAUUUUCGUACAAGGUUUUUAACCUAAUCCGGAGGAACUACGUGACCCCAUCGCCGGUGGCUCCGAUCAAUUACUUCUUUUCACGAGGGAUCUAACAUGCAAAAUUACCUCGCAGUCUCAUUUACAUGUAUCAGACAAAAUAUACAAUAGACGCGUAC